AAACAGCAUAGCUGCCUCAGCAGUGUGUGCCUUCAAUCUGAGUGCCAUUACUCAGGCAUUUAAUGGCCCUUUCCGAUACCAAGAAAAUCCAAGAUCAGCCUGGCUGCCAACGUUAAAUCCCAUCCCCAAUUUCCAGUGUGGGACGCUGAGUGAUGACGGCCCUAAUGAGAACCUGACGGAGAGAGUCCUGCAGGAUGCGCAGCGCUUGUUCCUGAUGAAUGAUGUUGUGCAGCCAGUGACUGUAGAUCCGUACGUGACUCAGGACAGCAUUCGAUUUUCCAAACUGGUGGUUGAUAUUGUUCAGGGGAAGGAUACUCUCUACCACGUGAUGUAUAUUGGAACAGAGUAUGGCACCAUCUUGAAGGCCCUUUCUACCACUAACAGGAGCCUCAGGAGUUGUUAUUUAGAGGAAAUGCAGAUCCUCCCUGACGGACAACGGGAAGCAAUCAAGAGUCUCCAAAUCCUGCACAGCGACAGGUCGCUCUUCGUGGGCUUAAAUAAUGGAGUGCUAAAAAUUCCUCUGGAGAGAUGCUCCAUGUACAGAACAGAAGG